AUGAGCUUCGUUACUCGCAGGGCGCUCUCGACCCUUAUCCCCCCCAAGGUCGCUUCUCCAGGUGCCAUCGGUGCCGCUCCUGAUGCCCUCCGCAUGAAGCGCGUCGUCAACUUCUACGAGAAGCUUCCUCGUGGCCCCGCUCCCAAGGUCGAGGCCAAGGGCCUUCUCGGCCGCUACCAGGCCAAGCACUUCGGUGGUGACAACGCCUCUGCCAAGCCCAUCAUUCACGCCAUCGGUCUCAUUCUUGUCAUCGGCUACCCCAUGACCUACUACUUCCACUUGCGCCACCACAAGAACAACGCUCACUAA